UCUGAAAUUUUCACACUGUACUGCUGGAUACGAGGCACGGAAAUCGACCAACAUUUCAGUGUCAAAAUAUCACGCUUUGAAACGGUCGAUACUUUGAAAAAUGUGCUGAAGAAAUCUCAGGCUAUCGAUGUGCCUGCUUCAGCUCUUCGACUGUACAAGCCCAGAAACCCGGUGGUCGAACCAUAUGAUCAGAAUCUUCGCAAUGUUAUCCUAUCCGAGCUUGGGAAACCAUUGAUAGCAAUGCAUAAACUAUCAUCCCUGUUCAAAGCAGCACCACCAGAAGAGCACAUUCAUAUCAUUGUA